CGUGGACUGGACCAGGUUCCAGGUCGAGCCCGACGAUGGGGCGCCGCUGGAGUGGGCUAAGAAGGGCCGAUGGGAGCGCCUUCGCCUGGCCUCCGCCAGGCCGUCGGCAGACACCUUCGACUUAGGCGGCUUGGCUUUCCACCCCGCCGUCGCGGCGGGUCGGCGCCUCAUGCCGUGCGCCACAACGCCGGCACCCACCGACGAGGGCCGGCCCAAACCUCGGGCCACCAGACGAAAGACGUCCAAGGAUACCGACGCCAGGUGGAGCGACGGCAAGCGCCAAUACGCCCCGUGGCACUACCAAAUCGAGGCCAUGCUUCAGGACAGCCAGGGCGUCCUGCACCUGCCCACGGCAGAGAUCAAGGAGCAGCUGCACGGCAUCCCCACCGGUUAUACGGCUCAGGCGGGGGUCGACGACAGGACUCGCCACCGCAUGAUUGGCAACGGCUGGCAUUGGGGAGUGGCUGGGCGCAUCCUGGGCUUCGCCCGCCGCCUGCCCGCCUCGCCUCGGACCUCUACAUUGCAGUGGCUGACCCAGGCCUGGGCGGGACGCCCGUGGGAUUUCUCCCCUCCGCCCCGGCCGUCCCCACCAGUCCUGGGCGAGGGUCUCGACAUGGGGCAGCAUUGGGCCUCGGCGCCGCUUAUGCAGCACUCUUUGGCCAGGCGCCCAGAGUUGGAGCCGGCCCUCUCGGCGGUUCUCCACCUCCGGCGGCAGUGGCGACAUGACCUUUGCCGCAUCCGCCGGGAGGUCGUCGCGGAGCUCCUCACGACACACGGGCCUGGCUCCAGGAACUGCCGGCCCAUGUCAGGGCUGCCUAUACGAUCUCGGACCGCCCCGGGGCCAACCUUCCUGGGCCUGCUCCGCGACCUCGGCUACCCCGCGACCGCGGACCUCGAAGAGGACCUGCGCCUGGGCUUUGACAUGCUUGGCCCGGAGAACCCGCCCUACGUCGCGGCCAAGUGCUCCAGGGGGCGCUCCGGCGUCCACACGGCGGCCCUCCUGGAGGAGUUGGUGCAAGAGGCCCGCCUGGGUCGAGUCACCGGCCCUUGCGCCGCUCCCGACCACUGGUCCGUGGCAACCUCGGCGCUGCCCUGGACGGCUGACAUGCACACUUUGCGCCAGCCGCCGCUGGGCGACUGCUUCGCCGCCCUCUCCUUCGCCAUUUGCCAGGUCGACGAGAACGGGGACCUCAAACUACGCCGGGGCGAGGACUGGCGCCGGUCAGGCCACAACGCCACCAUGAGCGCCGGGGACGUGCCCACCCACCACUUCCUGGGAGACAUU